CAAUUCCCAAACAUGGAUCGGUUCAUUUCGCUUGUUGGUGUGGCGCUUCUUGUGGUGACGGUGGAGCAAACGAUGGGACAUCCCAGGAAUGAUCCGCUCGGGUGUCACAACGGUACGAAGGCUACCGUGGAUGAGUGCUGCAGCAUCCCGGUACUAGCCGAUAAGGCCAUCAUUGAGAAAUGCAAAUCCGAACAUCCCUUCAAAGUGCCCAAGAAAGAUUCGGACAAGCAUGGCCAUCAUCCAGGAUCGUGUAUCGCUGAGUGUGUUAUGAAGGGGAUGAGCGCUCUGAAGGAUGGAGAGAUCGAUACGGCAGCGUUCAAGAAAGCCGUUGCUCCAGUCGUGAAGGCGAACCCUGCCUAUGCGAAGCUGAUCGACGAUGCGAUUAAAACGUGCGCCGAACGUGCGAACAUGGACACCGGAUUUACUAUGACCCGGAACAGCAAGGAUUGCAAACCGGAGCCGAAACAUUUCAUCAACUGCGUGUAUGGGACACUGUUUGAGCAAUGCCCAACGAAUUUCUGGACGCAGAAGGACGAAUGUACCGCGUUGAAGGACAAGAUCAAGAAGGGCUGUCCGUACUUUGCCCUGCGCAAGCGUCACGGUCGUCAGAUGCGACCAACCUAAUUCCGAUUGAUCACAUGGAGUGAGAACGCAAAAUUGUUAACAUUGCAGCACGCUAAACAGUUGAUGAACGAAAAAUACGAUAAGCAAUAAAAGGAAAGCAAGCAAGUACGAGUUCUGCUCGCGCUUAGCACAACACAAUGGC